AUGGCGUUAAACCACUCGUGUAUACCGAAUGUGGCGCCAAGUUUUGAUCCACGUACCCGAACUCUCGCUUUCCACGCUAUUGUGGAGAUACCUCAAGGUUACGCCGUAAAAUACUCUUACAUCGACUUGUUACAGACGAGAAAAAGACGACAGUCACUGCUUUUGAAAGGUUUCGGUUUUGACUGUGUCUGCGAUCGCUCUCGCGUGCUGGUACAAUUGGUGCAACUUGUGAACGCAAACCAAAGUGACGUGAAACAACGCGUUGCUAGCUUGAAAAAGCAGCAUGAAAACGUAUUUAAGCGCAGUGUUGAGGCUCAGUUUGCACUCUUCACUGCUGAGAUGCAGCUCGCUCGAGCUCAACGCGACUGGGUGAACGUCAUCGAAGCUGCUGAAAUGUUACUGGAGAUCUGGACGCGUUGCGGUCUGCCGGAUUGCUAUCAUACCACGGAAACACUACAUCUGCAGAUUUGUCUGGCUGCAAAGCAAGCUGGGAUGCUUGAGAAGUAUGAAAGAUCAGCCCAAAAAGUGUCAACCAUUCGACAAAUCUGUGGAUAUUCACAUCCAGAGAACCUCGUCAGUUAG